CGUCGCCACGCCUCUGCCAUGGUUCGUGGCGGGGUGGCACUUUUGGUCGGGGAUGGUGGCGACGUCCGUGACGGACUUCCAGAUUACGGGCAUUCUUUGCCUGGUGCUGUACUUGAUCCUCGCCCUUGCGACAGCUUCACGCCUCUACCUGCACAUCCGUCACAGCAGCGGCACCCCGCGGGUUGUUUUCCAUGUUGUCCUUCUCAUGGUAGUCCUCUUCAGCAUGCCAAAGCCCAUAGUGUACAUAUGCGCACCGACGACCGAGAUGUGGAUCAUGGCCUUCAUUACGUCACUGUGUGGUAUGCUGCUGCUCAACAUGGCGCUGUCGUACGUUUGCGUUGAAUGGUCCGCAGUCGCCUCGACGGGGAGAACCAUCGGCCGCCUGCCGGCAGACCACGGUCCUCUUCGCACUAUCGUGAUCGUGGCGAACGUUGGGGUGUUGGCAUGGGCAGCGGUCACAUGCUUUAGCAUCGUGUCUUUUCCUGACACGACGGCGGGCGAGGACGCGUUUUACAGGAGCGCGCUGUGCGCGAGUUUGGUCGUUGUUGGGAGCUUGAUCUUUCUUGCGACGACUUUCUUGCUCAUGGCCCAAGGGCUAAAGAUCCGGUCGCGGUUGCUCGAGUCGCAACGAUUUGUGUCGCAGGAGAAUGUCCAGCGUUCGAUGGUUAAGCUGGUGCUGUCCGUUAGCGUGAUCACGCUGACGACGUGGGUUCGACUCACGUUCAACCUCUUGGCCGUGUUUGGCGUCGCCGGGUUCGCCGACAUGCCGCUGCUUCCAUACGAAGUAUGGUCCAAUUUGGUUCCGACGGUCUUUCCCGUGCUCUGUUUGUUGUACUUGCAGCGGCGGCUACCCCUCGAACCGACCGACACCGGCGACGGGUGCGCCAUGACGACCUUGCCCACCACGAUGAUUUCCACCAUCUACGCGAACCCGUAGCCCAUCGUCGAGAAGUCGACGCGGCGUAGCUAACACCUUUUAUUUAUUGUUCAUGUGAUCGGGAAGCGUCCGCAAGUGUCGUGCACGGGCUAGUCGUCGCUCUUCCAC